CUGGCCGUGAAAGCAGCGAUGAUGGAAGUGGGGGAAUUUUUGUGCCUCCAGAAUGCAGCCGAGCUUUCAGUGUGUCUCUGCGUGAAGAGAAGACAGGAGGACAAGAGCGACUUACCAGACCAACAUGGUGCAGAAAAGCGUAAAAACACGUGAAGGAAUUACAUCUGGAGCAACCAAAACGGUGCAACAGGAUGGCAGUGUAACCUGGGUGCGUGUGCGCGAGGAUUAAAAUGACCAAAAUAUAAAUUUGACAAAUACAAAGAUCUCAGAAUGGUUCUUGGAGUUCGUCUGAGGGUGAGGAUAACCGAAGCGGUGUUUAGGAUGCUCGCGCUGAUUUAGGAGUGAGGCAUGAGCGUGUUGCUGCUCUGGCUCCUCUUGCACGCGGGACUGGCACGCGCCACGCACGACGGCUACGUGGAGUGGUCCGACGGCGACGACGAUGACGACGACGCUGCUGAAAUCGGCGCGAGGCAGCACCGCGUUCAUGGCACGGAGCGCGCGGCUCCGGCGGGGGCCGGGGCGGAGGAACUGCCGCGCGUGGUGGCCGCCUUCCUCCACACGGGCGACGCGUCCGCGCUCGCGCACGUGAACUGCUCGCGGCGCUACGAGCUCAGCGGCCUCGGCUCCGCUCCAGCCCCCGUCGCCUCUGCGCGCUCGGUUCGCGCUGCGUUAGACGCCGUGUCGCGCGCCGCCGACUUCCUGGACGCGCUGGAGCGCGAGGGGCCGCGUCACCAACACCAUCACCAGCAUCAGCAGGCUUGGUACCGCGCGCUGGUGCGCAGCAUUCUGGACCGCGAGCCCCGGAUCCACCGCGCCGCACUCACACUCCACACCGAGCAGCUGCACAUUCAGGCCACGAGGGCGGACGGGAACGUGGAGCUGCGCGACCUCUCAGGUGAAAAGUCCGAGUGGAGCCGCCAGGUCCGGAAACAAGCCCGGAUGGUAACGGAGGAUCGGAGCUCCCAGAGCGCGCAAGGUCACGUGCACUGGUCUGCGCCUUUUCUGGAGUGUGAGCGUGGGGGCUUCAUCCCGCACUGGCUGCUCACACUGUCGGUGAAAGUGUACAGUCCGAGUUCCUACACGGAGCCGGAGAUCAGGGGCGUGAUAAAGGUGGACAUCAGCCUGCAGGAUGUGGACAUUGAUCAGUGCUCCAGCACCGGCUGGUUCUCAGGGACUCACCGCUGCAAUCUGACCACCAUGGAGUGUAAGCCGAUUCCUGGCCAUGGCUUUGUGCUGGACAAGUACAAGUGUCAGUGCAGGAGGGGGUUUUACCAGCACAGCCGAAUGGCCCUCAACGGCUUCUCCAAAUCGGAGCAGGAUCAUUACGUUGGGGCUGAACCAUCAGACGUACCGGCUCACUGUCUGCCGUGUCAAAACGGCUGCGUGUUGUGUCGAGACGAUACACCGUGUCUGGCGCAGGAGGACGGCAUCCUCCGUCUCACCGUCGUCUCCCUCCAGACCCUGUGUGUGCUCCUGGAUUUCGUCUGCAUGUCCCUCGUGUACCGCUUCCGGCGCAACAAGAGAAUCAAAGCAUCUGGUUUUAUUCUUCUGGAGGCCAUCCUGUCAGGAGCCAUUCUCCUCUACCUUCCUGUGAUAAUACUUUACCUCCACCCAACCGUGCUGCAGUGCAUCCUCCUGAGAUGGGUUCGCCUCCUGGGCUUCGCUACGGUCUACGGAACGGUGAUCCUCAAACUCUUCCGGGUGCUGAAGGUGUUCCUGUCGCGUACGGCCCAGCGCAUCCCAUACAUGACCAGCUGCCGCGUUCUGCGCUUGCUGUGUGCCAUAUUGCUGAUAGUACUCUGGUUCCUGGUGGCCUGGACUUUGGCCGUGUGCCAGAGCCGUGAUUCCUAUCAUGGCAUGAUCGAGGAGGGAGUGACGCUAGAAGGUCUGCAGUUCAGCAUGUGCAAGCUCAACCGCUGGGACUACAUGAUGGCUGUGGCUGAACUUCUCUUCCUGCUGUGGGGGGUCUACCUGUGCUACGCCGUCCGCAGUGUACCCUCCACCUUUCACGAACCACGCUACAUGGCAGUCGCCAUCUAUAACGAGCUCCUGAUCUCGGCCGUAUUUCAUGUCAUUAGGUUUACUCUGGCUCCUGGACUCCACCCUGACUGGAUGCUGAUAUUAUGUUUUGUUCAUACGCAUUUGACGGUGACGGUGACUAUGGGUUUACUGCUCAUCCCGAAGUUUGUGUUUACCGGCACUCACAGGCAGGACGACAUCUCCACUGAUGUCUACGAGGAGGAACUGGACAUGGGCCGAUCUGGCUCUUACCUGAACAGCAGCAUCACUUCGGCCUGGAGUGAGCACAGUUUGGACCCUGAGGAUAUACGAGAGGAGCUAAAGAAGCUCUACGGCCAGCUAGAGGUCUAUAAGCGAAAGAAGAUGAUGGCAAAUAACCCUCAUCUCCAGAAAAAACGCAACUCUAAAAAAGGCAUCGGACGGUCUCUUAUGCGGCGCAUCACAGAAAUACCUGAGACGGUGAGCCGACAGUACAGUCGGGAAGACAAAGAUGGAAGCGAACACGGCAGCAAUCGCAGCACCCUACGUAGAAACCCAUUUGAAUCUUCCCAUGGUGGAAAAUCCAGAGAGGACUCUCUAAAGAACAAGGUGCUCUCCUUGAAAAGGUCCCAUAGUUACGACCACACGCAUGACCAAGCAGGGAAUGGUGUCCCGGCUGAUAAAAUGGACAAUUCUACAACCGAGUUGUCUCUGCUGGGCAACUUAAUGGGGAAAAGGUCGGCAAAAAAAAAUCCAGAGGCACCAAAGAUGGAACCUGCAGAAUCCACAGAGUCUGUGCCGCUAGUGUGUAAGUCCAUCAGUGCACACAAUCUUGCAGCAGACAAAAAGCCUAUGCAUCUCCGGUCUUCAAUGAUACAGAAGUCUCUAAGCGUCAUAGCCAGUGCCAGAGAGAGAACCCUGGGUCUUGCAGGGAAGACCCAUAGUGUUGAGGAUGCAAGUAAGAAAGGCCUCAAGACCAGAGACACCAGGAUGCUUUCAGAAGUCGAUGAAUCUCCUGAAUGCUUCCCAAAGAUGAUCAUCAGCCAAUCUGUUGAGUACACCAAGACUCCAAGCAAAAUGGGCAUCAUGAAGCAACAAGUGAGUGGAAGUCAACCAUCAAUCUGCUCUGAACCAGGGAGAGGCAAGGACCUUUAUGACCUUUCAGAGGUUUGCCCAUGGGAAAUGGAAGAUUUGCCCACUCUGUCAGAGGGCAAAAUUCAAAAGCAUGUAUCCAUUGCCCCAAGUGAAACUAACACGUUUCAUGAAAGCAGCUUUAAAAGUGGAAAGUCUCUACACAAACAAAGGAUGGUGCUUCCAUCUCCAUUACACCGCCGUCGCUCCAAAGACAAGAGUUUCAGUAGAGAGGAAUUUGGUGACAUGAAACCUAAAGCAUCACUCAACCUGACUUCCUACAAAGUAGAGGUCUGCCCUUGGGAAUUUGAAGAUCCGUCUUCCAAAGGAGUCGAGACCCUUGACAGGAACACCCGCAAGAAAAGCGUCACUCCGACAGAUGGCAAUCCCAGGAUCAUCCUCUCAGACAUCUCCAAAUCCACUGGAAGCCUUCUGCAGCCUCCAGCCCUCAUGGUGGACAUUUGUCCAUGGGACUAUGACCAACCACCAUCUCCAAACCAGGACAAGACCACAAGCCCUACACAUCAUUCCAAGAGAAGGGACUCUAACUCAAAAAGGAAAGGUUCAUGCUCAUCAAAAGGGAAGGGGAAGGAUAAAGAGGACGACAGCCAAAGAUCCAAAAGCAGGGAGAGGCGAAGCUCUUCUAGUAAAUUUUCUGAGAAGCGCCGCGUCAGCCAGACAUCCGAAAGCGGCCAGGUUACCAUAGCAGCAUCUGGUAGAAGGAGAAGCUCGACUAAAGAGGCUGGAAUGACUGAGUGUAAAUACGCUGAAGUGCGCCCUUGGGAAGCAGAGUGUAUGACAGGUGUCAAUACAAAAGAUGAGGACAUCCACACAACAUCUCACACAACUGUGCCAGCUGUUGUGAAACUCAACGUAGCUGAGGUUUGCCCGUGGGAUUUCGAUGACAAGACGUUAGGGAACCAUGCGUGAAACGUGUACACCCUUAUCAACGGAUGUUACUCUUUUUAGAGUGCAUUCCUGAGAUUAAGGAUGGUGACGUGAGAUUUGCCUUAUGUUCACUUUUCUCAUUACAGUUUUCAAAGCCCUGCAUCACUGUAUCUACUCCCUUAACCAUGAAGAUGAACUCCUUAAGAUUAAUUCUUACUAACUUACUGCCAUUUUUUAAUGGGAACCAGCAAAGUGAUGGAACCUCCUUUUUCCCCUAUUCCAACAUAAUAGUUUUGAACCCAUUUUCACGAAUUGAGAUGUUUAGUCGGUUUGAACGGAACCCUGGCGUUUUCUCAUUUUCUCUCAUUCUGCGAUUGCAGAGGAGGUCGAUCUCAGUAUCUAUUAAAAUGAACGUUUUUUUGACAUGGAUCCCCUAACCAUAUUUCUGGCCAAUAAAGGAAAGAGUUUUAUAAGGACCUUAUGUUUUAUUCCCCUUACCACAUACACUUCAGCUAAUGUUAACGUAAAGUCUAUGUGUGAAAGCCGUUGAAGGAAAUGUGAGAAAAACAAAAGCACAAAUUCCGUGGUGAAGUUUUGCAGUACUUCACCAAACAACCCACCAUAUCACGAGUCAGGGCAAGGCAAAAGUUUUAGCAUGUCAGUACACAACAUACUCGUGUGCUUGAACCGGUUUGGGUCUCCAAGUUACAAUAAACAAAGACGUCCUGUACAUUUGUGUGCCUCCAAAUUUGUAGGAACAGUUUGGAAUAGAACUACAUACGGCUGGAAAAGUCAGGUGUCCCAGCACUUUGGUCAUAUAACGAAUGGUGUAUUGAAUAAACAGCCAUUUUUAUGUGAAGAAUAUUUAAUGUCUUUAGCAUCAGCUUAAUAUCACAUACAUCGUCCUACUGUUCAUCAAAAAGUCUAAUAUCUCUUCAACAAGAGCUCAACUUUUUUUUUUCGAGAGAGGAUUGCAUGGAUCAGUGGCUUUGUUGCGUUAUUGUUGAUAUCCUUUCGCCUUUACUCCCACCUGAACACUGUAGUGUUGUGAUUUUGCAUCAGUAUUAUCCUUUGUAAAAAAAACCCAAAACCCAGUCCCUCGAAUCGGAUAUCUCUCUCUGCUGUAUUCUAUCAAACAGUGUUCCAGUGCUUUCUGCAUGAACGUGAAUAAACACAGUCCCUGGUUUUUUUAUUUUAUUUAUUGUUCGGGUCUUAAUAAACAUCCAAGUGGAAAAGAUGCUCACCCACUCCUCCACCCCUCCACCAGUGAGCUGCAACGUCCAGUCCGGGAUGUUUGGUUCAUAUCGUACGUUUCUAUAUCGUGCUCGUCCUUAAUGGCAUGUACAGACAAUACCUCCAGCCUGCAAUAAACAUUUCCUGUUCAGAUUUUAA